AGAGAGAAACUGAGGGCAGGAAGGGGAUGAGACUUUUGAAGAGACAAACCCCUCAGGAAGUUCCCCCAAAAUUGUCAGAAAGACUCAUCAGAGAGAGUAGAAGAACCAAAGAAAUAUUACACUGUGGGGGUGACUACCCUUUCAAACUCUACACACCCACACCUUCUUCUUCUUCUUCUUCUUCUUCUUCUUCCUCAAUCUCAUGAAUCCCCACAAAACAGAGGAAGACCUCUUCCACCAUCACCACCACCACCAUUUCCACCACCACCUCCACAACCAUGAUCUGGACCCACCGCAUCCUCCCCCGAUCGUCCAAUCCGAGCCGUCCAUUCCCCUCCCGCAAAACGACGCCGUCGUCGUCGUCGAGCCGUUGUUCACACCUCUCCCCGAAAUCGACCUCUUCCGCUCCUCCUCCACCUCCUCCUCCCCGGCCCACUCCUCCUCCGAAAACGAAAACGACGACGUUUCGAACCCUAACCCUAGCUCGGCCCCGAGCAACAACGCCGCCGCCGCCGCCGCGAUGAAAUCCACGCCGCUCUACAUCAGCCCGGAGCCGCACAUCUCGUCGCAGUUCUACACCUUCAACCUGGAGUCCCACUCCCUCAUGAUCCGCUGCCUCAUGGAGGCCCGCCUCGCCACCCCCGCCGAGAUCCGCGACGCCACCCCCGCCGACGUGCUCAAGUCCUGGCGCGCCGUCUGGAAGGACCGCAACGAGGACACCGCUUACGUCACGGCCUGGAAGCGCAUCCAGGACAAGCUCUCGGCGCACCUCGACCAAAACGGUAACGAAUUUCUGUGCUUCAAGAACAAUACUCAGCAAUUCGUUUCGCACAUUAAUCAGUGGCAGGAUAUUGUUAUGGCUUUUCAUAGUGAUACCGAUUUGAAACACUUGGGGCUUAAGGAAACCAUUGAUAGGAUUAAGCAGGUCUGGACUGUAGGUGCCAAGUUUUACGGCAUUCCCGAGAGUUACAUUAGAGUCUGUGUUGCUGCCUGUCCUGUGUGUUCUUCGGCCUCCUCGGGGCUUUCGGCCAGGAAUAAGAGGCGGCGGUUUGAGUAUACCGAGUCGUUUGAUGUGCCGGCCAAGGAGGUGCCGCAUAAGCUUCAGCAGCUGGCUGCAAAGCAUAAGGUGGUGCUUUGCAUUAGGCAGAAGUAUAUUAGGUAUAAGCCGUUUAUGGCUGAGGUUAAGGACUAUGCUUGCCACAGGGCGGGUGAGCCGGCUGCGAAGAAGUCCAAGAUACUGAAGAGGGAGCCCUAUGCCUCAAAGAGGUGUGGGUGUGGGUUUCGGAUUAGGGCCAUUGUUCCUAUUACAAAUUAUAAUGAGAAGGACAAGACGUUUGUGUAUCAGGAAGAGGGGAUGGCUGUGUUUAAGUUGUAUGCUGUGCAUUCUGGGCAUGAGCCGGGCCCGCUGGAUGGGAAUGCGAGGAUUAUGCAUCGGGUUGUGGGCCACAAAGGUGGGUUUUUGAUGGAUCAAGAUACUGUGUAUGGGGUGAGUGAUGAGUUUGAUAACGAGGGGUUUGGAUUGUUGGGGAAGGAUGAAGGGGAUUUGCACCAUUCAGUUUUGCAGCAGGUGAAGGAGUUGAGAGCUGAAGUUGGGUGUUUAGAAGAGAAAAUUGCAAAAUUCCCACAAGAGCUUUUGGGAUCAGUGUCUCGAGAAUUGUUUGAUAUUGUGAAUAAAGUUAGACAUAUAGGUGAGGGAAGUUCGAAGACGAUGGGUUUGCUCCAGGACAAGCCAGAAUCAGAUGAUAUUUUGGUCGGGGAGAAUGAUUUGGCACAUUGGACUGAUAACCACCAUGAUCGUCUAUAUGGAGAUGGACAGGACGCUGAUUUGAUUGAGGACGAUGAAGAUAGUUUUGGGCGAACUCUUGGGGAUGUUGUCCCUUGGGAGCAGAUGAGGACAGAGUGUAGGAGUCAGAAGGAUCUGAUCAGUGAAGCUUGUAAGCCUGGGAAGUGGUUGAAAUGCAGUGACUUCGAUGAAAAGAGCAUCCUUGAUUGCCAGGAUACUAAACUAACCAAGCCCUUAUCACAAGACGAGAGUAUAGUGACAGAUGUAGGUCUUAUUGGUUUACAGGUUGAUAGUUUCUACCAAGGGACUUCUAAAUGGUAUGAUUCUCCUUGUGGGUUGGACCCAGGUGCGGAUUGUGGGGAUAGUGCAUUCAGGCAUGGGGGGAUUGUUUAGUCUCUGGACAAGCUGGUUAAGCCCUUCUAACAUAGUUAUGAGUGUAUAUUAUCCCUUCCCCAAGUUGGAAGUGGGUUGUACAUCUUGUAUACAGAAAUUGGAGCCUCUCACUUGCUUUAGGCUCCUUUACCGUGUGUUGUUCUGUAAAGUAUCGCCAGUUGAGCUUUUAUGCACAUAACUUUUGCGUAACUAUUUGUUAACCUUGUUCUGGGCAUUCAGAAUUUUCAGAAUCUUUGGAUAAUGCAUAUUGGCUACUCUCAAUGUAAUUAUUUAUUGACUUCUAUUCUUAUGAAAUUUUUGGUUUUUGCA